UCUAGAGGUUAUAUUUCGCAAUCGUCCUUAACUCACGUAUAUGAUUUUUUACGUAAAUGAGAAACAAAUAUACUUGAACGUAGUAUCUACGAUGUAAUACCAACGUCAAAUAUAGUUAGUUGACGAAACCGGUGUCUACAUAAGCGAGCUAGUAUGUCUACGACAAAAUUUAGAUUCAUUUUAAGAGACUUGGGGAUGAUGAGACUGUGGAGUGCAUGGACGCAUAAAUAUAUAUUUAGUAGUGUUGUGAGAAGGUGUAUACGUGAUCGUGGGGUUCGAGAAGUGAUACAACGCUUCAGACACACAAUUUUACGUCCAAAACGAACGUUGUUAUUAUCUGCAACAGCGGCUUAUAAAAGUCAUGACGAUUCGUUUAGCUGCGAUCAAGGGAUAUCGGAUGGUGAAUUACAGGAUUUAGUAUUGGAAUUGGAGAAUGCCCAGAAUCUUGUCAAGAUGACGAUGUACUGCACGAGCUGUGGGAAGCGGCUCGUGAUUGACAGGAAACAGUCUGACGUUAUAUAUUGUGGGUGUAAAGCGCCCACGUCACAAAGUGACUCCUCAGACGGGUGGGUUCCGUAUAUGGAGGCGAAUGACGUCAUCAUAUGGAGAAAGGAGUACAAACCUGGCAAAGGACUUUAUGCAUAUAAAGUUUACGGCCGUUACCCGGAAGUGGUUGCCAGUGAUUUCGCAGCCGUGCAAAUAGAUGGCGCUUAUCGUCGCGCGUGGGACUCGGCGGUCGCGGCGCUGGCCGUGGUGCAACGUGACGCUCGUGGCGUUCCCGGACAGGCGGUGCUGCACUGGGAGGUGCUGUGGCCGAGACUGUUCGCGAACCGAGAUUACGUUUACAUAAGGCGUCACAAAGAAUUCGAUAUAACGAUUAAAAAUAAAACGAAAACACCGGAAACACCGUUGCAAACAUUCGAAACGAGCGUGCACGCGAAAGCGAAAAGGAAAUCCAUAGAGAGCUACGCGAUAGACAAGGACGGAGAUAUAAAGAAUAAAGUGUAUAUAAUUGUAUCGAAGUCGUGCGAACAUCCGGAUGUGCCGGAAACGAAGCAUGCGAUACGUGUCGCGGAGUACUGGAGCCACAUGGUCGUGAAGAGUUUGGAGGGGACCGAUAAGCCGGGCAUGGAGUUCGUGCUGACGUACUACGACGAGCCGUGCGUGGGCGGCAUGCCGGGCGGCGUGGCGGCGUGGGCAUCCAGCCGCGCCGCGCCCGCCUACCUGCAGCGCAUGCGCCGCGCCGCCUACGACUACCGCGGCUGGGCGGCGCACCGGCCCAAACAGGACCUACCAGAUUUCGUACCGUUCGGGCCAGAUCAAGUCAACAACGAGCUGGCCAUCCAAAUGAAAGAGCAAGAUAUGGAGUCGUCAAAACUAGGACCGGAAAUGGAGAAUGUGACAACACGAGAGCAAGGGUCGCAGACUGAAGAGUUCCUAAUAAAAAACUAUUGUAUAAACAGCGAUGAGAUUGUCAAAAAUGAGUUACAAGAUAAGAAGAAUGAUGGGAAAGGUGAUGAACAAAAGAAUAGUGAAGUUACUAUACAGACGAAUGGAAAGAAUACGUCUAAGAGUGAUAAGGAUGCAUCAGGCGUACAAGAGGGAGACAGCGAAAAAGCACCGGAGGAAGAGAACAAUGGUGGAUGGUGGCGAUACCUAUACCCGUUCUACUAUUUCGUUUGAUCCGAGGUCAAUUAACCAGUGGCUCAUAAAAUGAGACGGUUUUAAUGUAUGGAUCAUGAUGAGCCACCCGUUAAAAUUAAUUGUUUUAAGCGUAAGUUUAAAUAUAGCUUUAAUUAACGAUGAAAAAGUGUUAUUCUUAAGAGAUUUCUAAAAAUAUCGUAAUAAUUAUAUUGUUUAAAAUAAAUUGUAAGAACAAACUCACUCACUCGGCGCAGAAAACGGUCGUAAGAUAUCAGACAGUGUCAUGCGACAUUGACCUUAAUAGUUAUAACAUUUUAUGAAUACAUGCAUCAAAAUAGCGUGUCAUAAUAAAUUUUACUUGGUAGAAAUUGUUGGUAGGGCUUUGUGCAAACCCGCCUGGGUAGCAGCAACAUCCUGUAAAUGUCCCACUGCUGGGCUAAGGCCUCAUCUCCUUUUUCGAGGACAAGGUUUGAGCUUAUUCCACCACGCUGCUCCAAUGCGGUUUGGUGGAAUACACAUGUUGUAGAAUUUCAGUGAAAUUAGACACAUGCAGGUUUCCUCAUGAGGUUUUCCUUCACCGUCAAGCACAAGAUGAAUUAUAAACACAAAUUAAGUACAUGAAAAUUCAGUGGUGCAUUCCCGCGUUAGAAACCACGAUCAUCGGCUAAGAUUCACGUGUUCUUAACACUGGGCCAUCUCGGCUUAGAUGAUCAUAUAAUAUAUUCUACUACCAAGCGAUGCAUAAUAUUGUUGUGUUCCGGCUUAAAGGAUGAGUUAGUCAGUGUAUAUAUUAGUUCCUAAUGUUGUAAACAUUUCUUAUAAUGCCAAAGCAUACGGGCGGUGGUGACCACAUCAGGUCCACUUGCAAUUCCGCCUACCUAAAAUAAUAAAAAUUUGGUUGUGAACAUCUCACGAGUGAGUAAUGAGUGAGUUCUUACGAAAUAGUACAAUAGAUCGAAUGUUUUUUUAUAAACUGGCUUUGUACAAUGUCUGUGUAAAUGGUGUUUUUUUAUUGAUUUACUAACGACUGGGUUAUAGACAAGAAAUUUUUAAUAUAAUUAAGGACAUAAUGACAGUUAAAAAAUUAAAAAAAAAACAUUUAAAAUAACGAAUGUCGUCUCUCUUUGCUAAUAUGUUCGAUUGCGUUGACGAUUAAACGAUCUGUAUGUAGUUUCGAUUGUUGUCAUUAGAUGGCGCUGUAUUCAGUUGAAAGUAAAUAACUCGCAAUAAGCAAAUCAAUCGCACUAGGGACACUGAUAAUGACGUAGUUUUAAAGAUCAUUUAGGUUUUAUUAAUAAUGGCAUUUUUUCAUAUGUUUAUCAAUUAUUUAACCAAAAAACAGCACGUAGUUGGAAAGCGCACUGUCCCGCUUAAAACGGGACGCGUGGGCACAUUAGUCAUUUAUUAUAUAAGAACCGUAGGGCUAUUCCCUAAGAAAAAAUUUGUGUUAUUUCGUGAAAUGUCAGAAUUUGAUAUGCGAUAUUGGUUAUUAUAAUUAUUAUAUUUAAAUGAUACACGUGUCAAAAUAGCUUGACAAUGUAAGUCGAUUUUAUUUCACGAGCGAGAUACUUAGACUUAAAGAAUAGCACGGCUGAUAUGUAUGAUUAGGAUAUACAUAUUUAAUAGUAGUUUUCGCCGCUUCGCCCGCGUGUGUGUGUGUGUGGUGGGGAGGGUGGUGUAGCGAGUUGUUUGUAUGUCCUUUCUGCACUCCAAACGUGUAUUCAAAAUUUUAUCAUGAGUAACAAGCAAACUGACCUCCGCAUUUAUAAUAUUAGUAAGAACUCGCUACCCACGGUUAGAAUAAGAGUCUACAUGAAACAUUGAUAUUGGAGGGACAAACAUGCAGAGAACAUUUUUUUUUUUGGUUCAGGGCCCUCGCUGACUAUAUAUAUAACACCUCGCCAAAGUUUCAUCACAACCAGAUCAAUAAUUUAGGAAUUUAUACAGGACGAACAGACACUCAUCCAUUUUUAUUAAUUAGAAGAUAACAUAUAUAUUAAAUGUAUGUUGAUUUCUAUAAUCUAUAUUACCAUCGCCAUUUUGCAUUGAUGACGUCAUAAACUACAUCGCUGGUCGCGUAUGUACUAAAUAAUAUCUAAAUAUGUCGUACCAAUGAAGGCUUGAUUUAUAAAUGGCGUAUAGUGAUUAUAUUCGAAAAUAAAAUUAACAAAAAAGAAAAUAUUCGAAAACAGUGAGAUUGCCGACAUUUAUAAACAUUCUCUUAAUUGAUACGUUAUUAUAUAUUAGAUUAUAUCGUCUCGAAUACAUAUGUAUAUAAGGACACAGUCUCGAUAAAAACAUAAGACUAAAUAUAAUAUAAUUCUUAUAAUAUUGAAACAAUGCAUAUUAAAUGUUAAAAAUUAGCAGUUCUCAGACAUUUUUGAUUGAAUAUAAUAUUUACUUCAAGGAACUGCUUCUACUUCUGGAGUACAACGCCUCGAUCCGUUAUUGAACUUGGAGAACUGUUUAUAAAAAUAAUUCUAUAGUGGCAACACUAAUUUGGGCUUCUUUGUAUUUGCUCGGCCUUUUAACUUUGGAUCUUUGCUUAGCUUGAUUAUAUCGAUGAGUUAUUUAAAAAUAAUCCUGUGCCUGAUGAUGGAUUGUUGUUGCUGUCGUUUUGAUCAUAUUUGUGCACUAUAACAUGUGCUGUGCCAUGUCUGGCCUUGCUCGCAAAAUGGCAAGGACAGCAUACAAUUAUAUCAUGUUUGUGAAUCAGCCAUUGUCCGCGCCAAUUAUGUUUCUUACAAGAACAAAGUAAAUUUACAUAUAUAUUUAUAAAAUAAUGUUUAAUAUAAGACUUCGCCAAUGAAACAGGUUCCAAUUACAUUUAUAACGAAAUUUAUAGUCUGUGGUAAAGAUGUAUAAAAUAAUAAUGUGUUUUUUUUUUUAAAUUGUCAUAUAAAUUAAAUAGGUGCUAGGAUUCAAAAAAGCAAUAUGGACUAAAGUCGAUUUCAUUAGCAGCAAGAAUAAAGAUAAAUAAAUAUUUGAUUUUGAAUUAAAAUGACGUCAUUCGUCAAUAUUAAUAAUCUGUGGUGUUUUAAUGUGGGUUCGUUCGGAAAUGGCAUUUUGAAUGUCGACGAAGUUGUUUUGGAAGUGAAAUUUAUGUGUAUAUAAUUAGUUGAGUGCAAUAGUGUUGUGUUAUAUAUAGAGAUAUAUUAAUCGAGAACUGUUCGUAGUGCGUGAUAUAGCAGCUUAGCGAAUCGUUUGAAAUAUGUAGGCUUAAAGUUUAUUGAUCUUUAUUGCUUCUGCUAUUGGAGUAUACAAUGAUAUAAUUAUGUAACUGGUGGUAGGGCUUUGUGCAAGCUCGUCUGGGUAGGUACUACACCCAUCAGAUAUUGUACCGCAAAACAGCAGUACUUGGUAUUGUUGUGUUCCGGUUUGAAGGGUGAGUGAGCCAGUGUAAAUACAUGCACAAAGGACAUUACAUCUUAGUUCCCAAGGUUGGUGGCGCAUUGGCUAUGUAAGCGAUGAUUAACAUUUCUUACAAUGCCAAUCUAUGGGCGUUUGUGACCACUUACCAUCAGGUGGCCCAUAUGCUCGUCCGCCUACACUAAAAGGAGAUCGAUGGCAAUAAUUUGUUUUUAAUAAGUUGAUUGGGAGAUUGUAUUUAAAACCAUAGACAAAAUUAUAACGUUGAUAAAUAUAAGUGCAGCUAUGGUACGUUUCAAUAGAUUUUCCAAUUACUACGAUCGAGUUUUUGUUACAUUUAACAUAUACGGUCUUACUAAUAAACGUAACAAGGGACAGAACAUCUUAGUUCCCAAAUUUGAUUGCGUAUUGGAGAUGUCUGGAAGGUGUAUUGUUAUUUUUUCAUAUACAUUUCCUUUUAUAUAUAAAUAAUAGUAUAUAUAAUAUACAUGUGUUAAAAUCAAGUUACGGUUUUUGGUUAAGCAGCAUAUUAAUUUAUAAUAAUUUUUUUAUAUCAAAACCGUCUGAUGAAAUUCAGUGUUCGGUUUGAAAUAAAUAAGUAAUUUAUAAAAUGAAAUUAUAGUGGAUUUGCGUGUUUAUUAAUAUCUGUUAUGUUAUAAGUGAAUAUAUAAAAAAUAGUAAUAUAUAUAUCAAAGGUUUGUUUACCUUUUUUUUUGGUCAAAUCAUUGAGAUAACUUCAGACCGGCAAAGUUAUAUUGCGCGUACUUGUUAGGUCAUUAUGGCUGUCCAAUAUAUGUCCAUGGUAAAGUAGCGAUGCGAACGAAAUAUUUUGUUAUUAUUACUUGUAAGUAGUUUGUAUAAAUAGAAAUUAUUGUUAAUAAUAUGUGAAUCGGUUAUUGUUAAUAAAUAAUUAUUGUUUUAUUGUU